ACCAGGGUCACAGGACAGCACUCAUCUCCGGAGUCUCAUUGGGGAAAGAUGGGUUACUGCACGCGGUGGCUGUCGAUUGUUCUCUGCUUCUCCGCUCUCGCUGCCGUGAAGAGCAAUGAGACAACGGAGCCUCCGUUGAUGCCAUUUGAUGGACAAGACCCUCCACCUGUUACCAUGUUUAAUGCACAAGACCCUACACCAGUUACUCUAUUUUAUGACGAGGAAGCUGAAGACGACGGCGAGAAUGAUGUGACUGAGGACGACGAGGGAGAUAUGGAGCUUCCACCUCGUGACUUUAUGGACACUAACCCAACGGAGGUGAAAGGUGACCCGAUCUUCGAGGGAGACAUAUUGUUGACGCAGAGCCAGUGGCGCGCGAUGAGAGAGAAGAAAGGCAUUGCCUAUGAAACUUCUUACUGGCCUGACGAUUCUGACGGGUACCCUUCUGUACCCUACAGAUUUGCUCACAGUUCACUAAAUACGAAUGUCAUAAAGAGCGGAAUGGACCACUGGAUGGAGCACACUUGCAUCAAGUUCCAGGAGACCACGAACAUCAACCAGCCUCACCUUAAGUAUAUUUACGGUGGUGGGUGCUAUUCGUACAUAGGCAUGUUGAACCAAAAUGGGCAAGACAUCUCUAUUGGAAGUGGAUGCGAUACUCUUGGCAUUGUUGCUCACGAGAUCGGGCACGCCAUGGGGUUCUUCCACGAGCAGAGUCGUCCAGACCGGGAUGAUUAUGUAGUCAUCAAUUAUGAGAAUAUUCAAGAUAAUAGAGAAUCAAACUUUAAUAAAUAUUCCACAAAUAUAAUCAACAGUCACAACAUCCCAUACGACUAUUCCUCAGACAUGCACUACGGCUCGACGGGAUUCUCAAUUAACGGCAAGACAACCAUUACAACCAAAGACUAUCUAGCGCAAACACUCAUCGGCCAGCGAGAUGGACUUUCUCAUCGGGACAAACACUUAGCCAACAUCAUGUACAAGUGUAUUGACAAGUGGCUUGCCAAGUGUGGAGAGAGCCAAGACCCUUGCCAGAAUGGUGGGUAUUACGGGGCAGGCUGCGCGUGUGUUUGUCCAUCGGGCACCUCUGGAAGCUACUGUGAGACAGAAACUGGAAGUUACUAUGGUGCAUUACAGAGCUCCUGCAACGAAAAGGUUACUACAGAAGGCACCCUAACCUCCCCUAACCAUCCCAACAAAUAUCCUAAUGGUCCUGAAGGUCAGUGUAUCAAGUGGAUCCAGGCUCCCGAGUGCCACGUGCCCAAGCUCACCUUCUCUGCGUUUGAGCUGUAUGGCAAGAAUCCUUAUUGUAAUGGAAAUAGUUGCUGCUAUUUUGAUGCUCUGGAGAUAAGAACGGACAACUUGAACUACGGUGAAGUAUUCUGCGGCACCAGUAUUACCCCAGGCACGAGCUUUACUGGCACUGGACGAGAGAUGGUUUUGUACUUCAGAACGAAAUCCGACUACUACACAGGAUGGUCUGCUGAUCUCACCUUUGAGAAACAAGAAGGAUGCGAACCCGUUACAACCACACCUAGUACCACCACCACCACCAGCACCACCACCACCACCACCCCUACCACCACCACCCCUACCACCACCACCACCACCACCACCAGUACUACCACCACUACCAUCACAACCACCCCUACCACUACCUCUACUACCACAACACAAGGGACGUCUCCUGACUGUUUACUUGAAUACUACAAUGGAGAAUACUACUGGAGCUCACCUGACUUCGGGAUAACAGACUAUCCCAACAGCUUCACGUGUGGACUGGGUGGAAGUGCAUCACCGGGUGUUUACGGCUUGCUUCUGAAAAUGAACACCUUCGAACUGCAAGGAAGGAAGAAAAAAAAAUGUGUCGACAAUGUACAAGUGGUAAUGGUGGGCGGCACAACCAGAACGUUGUGCGGUAACAAAACAGGAAGGAAGAUCGCAUCACCAUCUUUCAAUUUCCAAUUAAGCUUCACUACAGAUGAAGCUAUUACUGCUCAGGGCUACAACAUUUCAAUAAAAUUUAUCGCUAGAAAAUGCAAUCAGGUCUUAACCCCAGCUGUGGGUGAGACGGGCAUCAUCACUGCUUCUAAGUACCAAAGAUCUUGCGAAUAUAAGAUCGUGGCUCCUGCUGGAAGUCAAGUGCGCAUUGACGAGAUUACACCGACGAUCUUAAACUCUCCAAACUGUAAAAGGGAUCAUCUUCUAAUCAACGGCAACAGUGAAAGAAUGUAUCCCAGGGAAACCAGUUCAGUAAUUUGUGGUUCGAGUCAAGUGACUUCUCCAAUUACGUCCACCACCGGAGAGAUGUACAUAGCGUACAAAGGAAGCAAGAAGAGUCAAGGCUUCACUCUUGACUACACCAUCGUCUAACAAGUCAAUGAAGCUGUUCACGAACCACUUGUCUGUUUUUGUAAGGGAUGUGCACGACUUUACCUUCAAAUAUGUUUCGCUAAUUGCACCACACCCCUAUCACGGAUAUUCUUUCUUUAUUUAUUUAUUUAUUUACUGUUUAGCCAAUGAAUGCACUUUUACCACACCUGAUCGCCUGCCAACUUAAAUAGGAUCACUUAGUGCUAACGGUGGCUUAGUCAACCUUUAAUGCCCACUGUUCUAUCAAGAAACACUGAAUAUGUUAUUUGUAGUUUUAGGGUGUGACCAUAAUCAGAUACUGAUAAAUAAAUUUAUGAUGCAGCAA